AUGAAUCCCAACGAGAUGUCUAUGAAGCAAGAACCUACAGGAUUGGGUAUGUGGUCGACAACAACACCACCAAACCCAACAACCAGACGUCGACCAGCAACCAUACAUGAGACAGGGUUCUCAUAUUGUAUGCCCGAGCAGAACAACUAUUCCUUACCAGCUUGGGACUCGUCGACGUUGCCAAUGCAGCCAAUGCGCGACGGGUUACCGAACAACUAUGCAGUUCAUCAAGACUUCUAUCCACCCCCGUCAGUUGGGGAACGUGAUUCACAUCAGAAUCAUGCUAUUUCCGUCAGCGGUAAAGCUUUUUCUGACUUUGAUUUCACAGAUCAUUGGAACACGAAACCCUGUGAUGAUGGUAUGGAAAUGCAAGGUCUCGACACAGAAAUGCAUAUGGGACAAGCCUAUACCACGGACGAGGCCGUACCAAUUUUGGAUUUGAGAUGUGGAGCUGGAAUGGAUUCUGAUCGACCAAGUAUGGAUCAGCCAUGGAGCUCGCGGAGGAUGUCUGGCUCUUCGUUCACGUUAUCGACCACGGGAGCUCUUUCUGAAAUGCCAUCAUAUGAGGACUUUUCUGCUACCUUAUCGGAAGCACCAUCUUUUAGUUCAGACUACCCACCUCUGUCAAACAGAAAUUCGUUAAUGUCGUCAACGCAAUUAUCGCCAGUAGCAUCGCCGAGAAUGACGCCUCAAAAUAGAUCCGAACUAGUAAGGACUCAAAGCAGAGGCAGAGCAUCUCCCUCACCUCGGCCAAGUAUGCGUUCAGCGCCUUACAACAUGGAUAGCAGUAGAAUCAAGAGAUGGUCUACAGGAUCAUACGCCCCUGCGCCAAGUAGACGCCCCUCUCCGUUUGUCUACCAUCAAGGGAACGAAUCAUUUUCAUCACCUCACCCACCUCAAAUGACAUCACGACAUUCUUCACCUACGAUACCAAAUCCUCAUUUGCCUCUCAAUAUGACUAAUUUACAAACGCAACAACAUCCAUUUGUGAUGGCCAAUAACACAGCUUUCAAUCGGAAUAGCAUGCUUCUGCCAUCUCAUUCAUAUCACGAGCCUCAUCAAUUUGAUACACCUCCCCCUUUACUUUCUCACGGUCUUUUCCGUAUGCUCCAAAGUAACGCUGAUCCACAUUCUCUACAUACUCACUAUUCGGAUUUGAGUGAUCCUCCUGAUCUUUACGCAUCUCUUCACGAAGAACAAUUAGCACCUCCACCAGAGGAUAUGAAUCCAUCAGAUCCAGAUCUUAUUCCCCAUGAGCAAGAAUUGCGAUUUGACGGAGAUUUGUACACCCCAAGAUGGGUACGAGGACAUGGAAACAAGAGAGAAGGAUGGUGUGGCAUCUGCAAACCGGGACGAUGGCUAGUGUUGAAGAAUAGCGCAUUCUGGUAUGAUAAAAGUUUCACCCAUGGUAUCUCAGCUGCAACCGGGCAACCUUUCCAGGAGCCGCAGGAAACGCGACGCAUGGACGGAAAUCCAGAUGUAUGGGAAGGUCUGUGUGGAAGCUGUAAUGAAUGGGUAGCUCUAGUCAGUAGCAAGAAAAAGGGAACCACUUGGUUCCGACAUGCCUACAAAUGUCACACUCAUCCAAAAAUUAAAGAUGCUCCAAAACGCCGUCGCGAAUCUAGCCAUUCUCGUGCACUCGGCACGUCGAAUGUGAAGUCAAAAGCUCAUGAUUCCAUCACUUCGAAUCCGCAUCAGUCUUCACCGAUGACUCCAAGUGUCACUUCGAUACCAUUGUAUCAGAGAAGGUCGGCUUUAGGUAGUCCGGUGGAUGGUUUGAGUAGUACCAUGAUAUAA